AUAUAGACGAUCUUUGGGUCCUGUCACGGUUUUCUCGAUGUCUGGAUAUGAAAAUCUUCUCGAGGUGUGACAGCCUCUCCCUCCAUCCCCGAAUGUUGUAGCCGCUGCCGGUGAGGAGAAAACAGAUCAGGGACAGAGACAGUCCAGUGAACGUACUAACAUCCUCACCGUCGACCAGGAAAGACUGGGUAUUUUCCGUGUUCGUGUCGGACUGUAACACGGGGCAGCCCCUGCAGCGGGGAGAUGCUGUCAUGUAGCGAGACGUCAUUGAUUUUUAAAGGCAACACAAAAAUACCGCAGUGGCAUCAACUGGAGAUCGUUUCUAUCCCCGGAAUAUAAAACCCGUAUCGAUCUGUCUGCAGUGAACCACCGAGGAAGGGAAAUGAAACCCAUGACAGAGAUCACAUCCGUUCUGCCUGGAAAUCUUCUUCCCCGAAUAAACGCUGCUGGUCACGUUGUCAUGUCAGCGUGAGAUUUAGUCUCUACCCAGUGAUCCAUGUGAUUAAAGCUGUCCAUUUAAUUCAAAGUAUAGCUCAAAUAAUUAUUCUCGUUUUGGAAGAAAACAACAUUUUUGUACUUGGAUUUAUCACCACAAAGGUCUAUGUACAAACUAUGCUGGAAAGUUUAAUCAUAACACAUGAUCUUUCUUAGCAGAUAAAAUAUGUAAACCUUAAGCUUCAAAAUACUUCAAAUUCCAAAAGAGCAGUUCAGGACCUGAUACUUGAACAGGAGGCUGAAGAGAGAUAAAAACAAAUCACAACAUUUCUCCAAAAGACUUAUUAUGAAAAUGAUAUUUUUAAUGUGACUUUCAUCAAUGCAAGACUUUUCUUUUUGUCAUACCUGAAACAACUGUUGGACCACACCAGUUCAGAAGUCGAGGAAAAAACAUCAACGCUUUACUGUACACUUGCUUCAAUCCAAAGAGACAGCUCUGAUACAUCAGUUGUGCCUGGUUCACCUAUACUUCUGUGAUGCUGGACGUGGUGAAGAUGAAGGAGUCUUGCAGGAUCUGUGCUCGCGAGCUCUGCGGCAACCAGCGGCGAUGGAUUUUCCACCCUACAGCCAAGCUCAACCUACAGGUGCUGCUGUCCCACGCUCUUGGCCACGAGCUGAGCCGAGACGGCCGUGGGGAGUUUGCCUGCUCCAAGUGCGCCUUCAUGCUGGACCGCAUGUACCGCUUCGACACUGUCAUUGCCCGUGUAGAGGCGUUGUCUCUCGAGCGCCUUCACAAGCUGCUGCUAGAGAAAGACCGGCUGAGGCACUGUAUCGGAGGCCUGUUCCGAAAAAACAACGCAGAGGAUGAGAACCUGUCUCCGCCCAGGGCAGUUGUGGGGACUGUUGGGACUGACGUGGGAUCAGAAGACUCUCCUGUGGUGGAUCUGUCAGAUCUGCAGGAUGGAAGAUACUCUGAUAUGAUCCAGGAUGAUCUUACCUACUCUGUGUAUGAAUCCUGGGCGGAUAAGGAGGACCCGGCCCUGGACCAACCCACUCCUAACGACCACCACCAACACCAUCACCAGUGCCCAGGAGCAGACUCUCUAUCUGGCAUGAAGCCUAGGCGAUGCAGGGGUUGUGCAGUUCUCCGUGUGGCAGAUUCUGACUAUGAGGCGGUGUGUAAGGUGCCUCGCAGGGUUGGGCGCAGAAGCACAUCCUGCGGACCAUCUACCCGCUACUCAACAGCCAAUCCUGGAGGCAAGGACCCUGCUAGAACCUCCGGAGAGUCAGAGGCUACAGCUGUCACCUUUGAGUCCUCCUUAGCUGAGUUGGACACUGAUAAAAUCAUGUGUGACCAGACAAGUCCUAGCCCGGCAUCAUCUGUGGAGUCUCUCGACACCGCCGUGGAUGUGAGUUGUCUUCCAGUGAACCACCGGGAAAGAGAACAAACUGUACGAGAAAAAGAUGCAGAGGAAGCUUCAGUACGAAGGUUUACUACAUGGGACAAACCCCCAAGUGAGAGCUCCCUCUCUGGGCUUGAGUUGAUGCUGAGCCUCCUGAGGGGCUGGGACUACCGGCCAGUGAAGCCUCAAAGAGGUAGCAAGCUCCCAGUUCUGUCCAAAGCCAAACUGGAUCAGGGCCUGACUUUAACCCUGCCCAUCCGACUGAGGUCGCCCUGUGGAGGGGCAACUGACUGUGAGCUGUAUUCCCACCUGCCUGUACCAGAGGUCAUAACCCCGUCUACCCAGCAGGAGCUGCAGGCAGAGCUUGCUGAGAUGGAGGAUCAGUGGAUGGAUGAAUAUGUUCAGUGUGGUCCUUUCCGCUUUCAGCAGAGGCUGAUUGAUGAGCAGCAGGGUCAGCUCAGUCAGUACGAGAACGCUGCGGGUCAGUGUGUGGGCGAGCUGCAGAAGGCCCAGGACCAGGUCCACUCGCUGCAGGCCAAGAUCAGAGAGAGUGAGACCAGGAACCAGAAGCUGCAGAAGCGUCUCGCUGACAUGGAGUUGGAGCUGCGGUCGGCCCAAGAGGAAGCCCAGCGACAGGAGAGAAACAUCCGGAACAUCACUGAUACUACCAACUCGAAGGAGGCAGAGGCUGCAGAGCUGUGUCGGGUGAUCGAGGAACAGAACAAGAUGCUGUGUUCUCUCAAAGAGCUAGCCAACCGCAACCAGCUGCAGCAGCUGCAGGCGUCGGGUGCAGACAGUAUUCGGGGUCAGGGCGAGGUCCUGGCUCUGCAGGCGUCUCUCUUCCAGACUCAGCUGGAGCUGCAGGCCGAUGAGAGGGUUCAGCGGCAGGCAGCGAGGGCGCAGGAGGACCUGAGUCGAGCCCUGCAGAGGCUGGAGACUGACCUGCAGGGGGCGCUGCAGCACCGCAGGGAGACGGAGAGACACAACCAGGAUCUGCAGCUGGCUCUGGAGAAGGCCUGGUUGGUUCUACAGGAGAGAGAGGAGAAGCUGAAAGAGGGCCAGCAAGAGAGGCAGAGACAGGAGGAGGAGAAACAGAAGGCCCUCACAGAGCUGAGGACGGCCCUAAAGACCAAAGAGCAGCUGAUGCAGGACUACUGUGAGCUGCUGGAGGAUCCAAAGGAGAAGAGAGACUCUCUGCUUCAGAAACUCCGACAGCGCAUCAAGGAGAGAGACCGGGCUCUGGAGCGAGCGGUGGACGACAAGUUCCGCAGCGUGGAGGAGAAGGAGGAGGAGACCCGUCGGCUUCGGCUGCUGCUCAGAGAGAAGGAGAGAGAUCUGGAGAGGCAGCGCUGCGUGCUGUCCAACAACGAGGAGACCAUCACUAGCUUGGAGUUGCUGCUGCGGGGGAGGGCUCUGGAGCUAGAGCAGGUGUGUGAUGGCUGGAGGAACGUGCAGCUGCAGCACCAGGAGAGCGCAGAGAGACAGAGCGACAUCCUGAGAGAAAGGGACGCCAUCAUCGGACAGCUGCAGGCGGCGCUGCAUGCACGUUCGCAGGAAGCCCAGGACAUGCGCUGCUCUCUGCUGGCUCAGAUCCAAUCAGCUCCCAGUGAUGUUCUGGAGGAACUGAAGAUCCGCCUCCAGCUCAAAGACCGCCUCUUCCAGGAAGUGCUGGCUGACCGGACCCAGCAGGCCAAAGAGCACCAUGAGCAGGUCCAGGAUCUGCUCAGGACCAUCAGCUCCAGGGACCAGUACAUUCAGGACUCUGGGAGCCGGCUGGGUGAGGUGCUGGGCGAGCAAGCAGGGAGGCUGCAGGAGCUCCGCAGACAGCUGAGCUCGGGCGUCGGGUGGAGGUCGGACUCGGACUCGGCUGUGGAGCUUCAGGCGGUGCGGGAGGAGCUGCGUCUGGCUCUGAGGAGGGAGAGGGAGAGCCAGGAGCUGAGCAGGAGUCAGGCCAGCAGGGAGGAGGCCCUCAGCAGGAGGCUGCAAGGGAAGGAGGAGAUCAUCAGGGACUUCCAGAGGCAGAUGGUGGAGCCCUCCGCCCUCCCUCUGGUAGAGCAGCUGACCCUGGAGGUCCAGGAGCUGAGGGAGAGCCUGGUUAUGCGGGACGGUCCCCCAGCCAGGGGUCCUGUCCCGGGCCGCAGGCAGCCUGAGUUUGGAGAACUGAGUUCAGAGGAGGAAGAAGAUGCUGAAGAUGAUCUGAACAGCGAGUACACUGAGAGCGUUGAUGAAGAGGAGUCCAAACUGGGAGAGCAGUUUAUGGCCAACACCAAGGGAUCUGGAGGCACAGGAAGACCUCCAUCCCAGGAUGUGCAGUUUGAAGGCCAGGGUCUGAUGGAGGUGAAGCAGCUGGUGGAGCAGAAGAGGGCAGUGGAGAGAGAGCUGGGGGAGCUGAAGGCUCAGCUUGAGAAAGCCGGCUUCUCCUCACUUUCACAGAUGAGGAGGGCUCUGUUCAGCCUGAAAGCAGAGAACGGAGAAUUGAAGCAUCAGCUGAAUGAAGGCCUGCAGCUCGACUGUAAACAGAAUGUGUUGGACGUCGAAGAAGAGGAGUUGGAUGUGACCAUAGAAGGGGUGAAAGAGGAAGAUGAAGAAGAAGAAGAGGAAAGCUCUGGAAUGUGGGACGCCUGGGAUGGAGAGUUGACUCUAUCGCAGCCCAACAUCCAGAGUGGAGAUCAGCAGAGAGCCAAAAGACCUCAGACCCUGCACCUGCUCAGCAACACUUCACAGGAUGUUCCUGGACAGGGCGCCACAUCUUCUGGUUUGUGUGGAAAGUCAGUACGUCUGCAGCAGAAGAGCAAAGAGCUGCAGGAGAGACUGAUGGUGUCUGAAGCCACAGUGCAGGCUCAGGCCGAGCAGCUCAAAGACUACAGGGAGCUGCUCACGGAGACAACGGUGGAGCAGGACAGUAAGCAGGUCCAGGUCGACCUGCAGGACAUGGGCUAUGAAACCUGCGGCCGCAGUGAGAACGAGGCGGAGAGGGAAGACACCAGCAGCCCAGAGUUUGAUGACCUGGAGAUGUGCACAUCUCUUGACUGUGGUUCCCAGUGGUGGCCUGCAAACAGCAGCAGCAAGGCCUCCACCGUCACCAAAACCACCACCCAGAGCUCCGGUGAUGGAGACGAGAUGUCCUCUCUGCAGCGCCUCGUGGAGGACCUCCGCUCCCAGCUGUCCCGCUCUCAGGGGGUGAUCCGCGGGCUGCAGAGCCGGCUCCGCUCCCUCUCCAACUCCAGCGACUAUGGACCCUCCACCCCCCGCAAGGUCAACUGGUCCUUCCAGGCCUCGCCCUCCCAGAGCGGGAACGAGGACGACGAGGGCUGGCAGUCUUCCGACGGAGGUGCUCUGGCCUCUCCCCGUCACCCCCAAGCAGACAAGGGCCUGCUGGAGCUGGUGUCCCGUGUGGACGCACUGGAGGACCAGCUGAGGAAAGGAGGCAAAAAGUCUGCCAGCGAGGACGUGAAGUCUGCCACAUGGCCGGGUAAAUUCGACACCCUGAUCCAGGCUCAGGCCAGGGAGCUGUCUCACCUGCGCCAGCGUCUGAGGGAGGGUAGGGGCGGGUGCAACAUCCUCACCCAGCACCUGGGAGACACCACCAAGGCCUUCGAGGAGCUGCUGAGGGCCAAUGACAUCGACUACUACAUGGGCCAGAGCUUCAGGGAGCAGCUGGCUCAGAGCGGCGCUCUGGCACAGCGGGUCAGCACCAAGAUCAGCGGACGAGAUCGUCAUGAAGAUCUGGAUGAGAAGACAGAGCUGCUCGCCAUCCGGCUCAGUAAGGAGUUGCAGCAGAAGGAUAAGGUCAUCGAGUCUCUCCGCACCAAACUAAACCAGCAUCAGCACCAUCAUCAGCCCCAUCGCUCCGACACACCCAACAGCAACCACGCCCUCUCAGACAUCACCGACCAAUCAGAUCGCAUCUCCUAUGUGUCUGAUGAACAUGGAUCCACACACGAGGACCUGGACCUUUGCUCUGAUAUGGACGCUGCCAGUGAGCUCGAUCAAAAGGAAACACGGACUGGUACCAGAGUUGGCACAGAUUGCCACUCUCACAGUGGCGCCAUGUCACACCAUUCGUCUGUCCAACCAUCCCACAGAGCCCCGUCCUUCCUCAGCUGUCCCAGCAUGCAUUGCCCGAGCUCUCCACACAAACCUGCAGACAUGCUGAGUCAGACAGCUCCAGCUUCAGUCUUCACCUCUACCCCCUCCCAACCUCCCCCUUCCUCCUCCCCCACCCAGAGGGCACCUUUGCCCUUCCAUCCCCACCCCGCAACCCCACGCAGCCGAUACUCAGGCAACGGGGGAGUGGGUUUCUCCCUGGCUGAGGUGCAUCAGGAGCUGCAGAUGUUACAAAUGCAGCUUGGAGGCAAUAACAGGUUCUCCACUCCCACGUCCAAGCCUCUUCAGGGCUUCCCAUUCGCCCACCAGCAGCCGGACUCCUUCCUGCCUCUCUCCUUCCACGGAUACCAGCCCUCUCCUUUCAGCAACAGCCUGGAUGCCAGCUCAGCAAUGAAAGCUGGGGCCAGUCUGCUUGAAAGCACUGCAUUGUGGGAUAUGAGCUAUGGGGCCCGACCGGUGAGACUCGGAGCUGACCUUUCUUCGGGAUCAUCGGGGUACCAGUCAGGCACCAGCAACACAGGUUCAGACCUGAUGAUGAAGGAGCACCUGAGAGAGAUCCGGAGUCUGAGGCAGAGAUUGGAGGACUCCAUCCAGACCAACGACCGCCUCCGACAGCAGCUGGAGGAGAGGCUGGCCCGCACCGCCACUGAGAAAGGUGCUCCUACCAACAUCUACAUCCAGGGUCUGGACUCUGUUGGCCAGCUCUCCAGUGAGAUGAGGCUUCUGAAGGAGGAGAACGUCAGUCUGCAGAACCAGCUGAAGCAGGCCACCAGAGAGAGCAGCAAGGAGGCCGAGCAUUUGAAGGAGGCGGAGCUAGAGGCUGAACGGUGGGCGGAGCAAAGCCAGAAGCUGCAAGCCGAAUCUGAAGCUCGCAGCAUAGAGAUUGCACAACUGAAACAGGACAGACAGAAGAACCAGGAAGCCAUCAACAGACUCCAGCAUGAGGUGAGCGUACUCCAGCAGCAGCUGUGUGAGAGCCGCAGUCUGGUCCACUCUCUGCAGUGUGAGCUGCAGGUGUACCACAGAGUGUGUGGAGUCAACACAAACACACACGCAGCAGGUCAGGCCAGUGACAAUGCCAAACACAGCUCUGCAACCUUUGACCCCAGCGAGCUGCACGUUCAGCUGGAGCAGCAGCUGCACAUACAGGCGGGCGCACAGCCUCGAUCCAGGAGACAGCUCUUCAACGAAAAUGUUCCCUCUCCGCCUGUGAGAGACACUGGACUUGACAGUCCAGCCUCUCCUAUACGUUCUGCGCAGAAACAUGCAGCAGAAACUGGAGCAGCUGAUCAAGCCUCAACCCUGAAGGGCCAAGCCCCAGAUGGGUCGUUCGCACACCGUCAUGGCCGCCAUGCAGUGGGCCAUGUUGAUGACUUCAAGGCUCUGAAGCAGCAGAUCCUGGAGGGCUGCGCUCUCCUCCGCAAGAUGGAGACAAGUCUGUAUUCCCAGAGCACUACACAGGAGUUCAGCCUACAUCAGCCUUCAGACUCAGGCUCCGUCAGGAAGAUGCUGUCUGACACUAAAACCCUGCGACAGAUCCUGGAGGAGGCCGACUCUCUGCUGCGGAUGUUCUGGAAAGCAGCGCUGCCGAACCAGCAGGAAUCCAAACAGGAUCAGUCUGUGAGGGAGGAGGUGGCUGCUCUCCGUCUGAAGCUCUCAGAUCAGGAGCUGGCUCUAAAGGACGCCAUGGAGAGAGUGAAAAGCUCCGACCGCACCAAAGAUAGCAUGGAGCACUUUAUAGUCAACCAAUUGUCGAGAACACAUGACGUGUUGCGAAAAGCAAAGACAAACUUACAGGUGAGAAAACCGGAGGCUUCUGUGAGCUCACCUUCUCUCCUGGUUGGGGUUUCAUGAGGCCUGAGACUUCCUUCUCCUCUUCUGCUGUCCACCAGCAUCCCCCGCAGGCAGCCUUCCUGUAGUGCAUCAGCCCAGAAGUUCCUCAUCAUUUUCUCAUUGUUCAAUCAGAAAAUGCUGGAAAUCCUGGCUCUCUCAUUGGUUGGAGAAACAUUUCAGUUGAGUGACAUCUCUCUGAGUGUAUCAGUAGAUUUCUGCUGGUUCAUGAUAGUGAAUGAUUGUAUUUUUUUUGUUAUUGGUGAAGACAUGACUGAAGUGUUUUGAAUAUGACACCAGUUUGGCUGGAGUUGGUUGAUAAUUCAUAGCUUCUGAUUUCCCAAUUUUCACAGAUAACAUCAUGUUUGAUAAUCAUAACAACCGCAUACACAGAACAUUCUUCCUUAACAUGUAAAUCAGAAGCCGCCAAUCAGAAGCCAACUCUAUAGCCACGUACUUCAGCAGGGAUUCAAGAAACAAAAAUCAACAUGAUGCCAGCGGGAAAGGGGCUUUUAAAAAACCCAAUACCAAACAGCAAAGUGCUUCCUCUGAGCCUGUGUCGGGCUCCUGUUUGUAUAGUUAGUGUGUAGAGUAGUUGCAUGUGGUUUGAGCUUCUUGUGGAAUCAAAGCCAUACUCUGACGGUACAGUAGAAAUGUUCUAGUUUUCUUCUAAUUGUACAAAAAUUGUCAUAAAAUGGCCAACUACUGAUAACAAAUAGAAAAUAAUGUAGAACUACCACUAGAUAGUUUGGUCAAAUAGCUGGUAGAUGGUGUUCUCUUGCAUUUACACCAGUUUCAGAUGUUUUGCUCAUAGUAUUCAAACUCCAGAGUAUUACUGUUGAAUAUGGAGUCUGCUCUCUUCAGAUAAUUAAAAUGCAUUUGGGUCCAACCCAGUUUUUCUUGCAGUGAAAGCCUUCUGAUGAAGCUGCUGUAUCGUGAUGCAUCUUAAUAAUCAGUGUUAAUAAAAACAAGCAAAUGUAACAGACUGUCAUUGAACGCUCAUCGGUCAUUGUUUGAUGCCUUUAGAUAAACUGUCCAAAAGACAGGCGGUCCAAAAGAGAUGACAUUUCAUUUUUGUAACCAUAAAAAUGGACCACACCUUUUUUUUAAAUAUAUAUAUAUAAUUUUGGUGUUUUUUUCCUUCAUAUUUUUGCUAAAUUUGUGCAUCUCUUUGUUUGAAUUUCCCUCAAUAAGACAAUCAAUUAACAAAAAAAACAAUCCUCAAGGGAGAACAUCCAUGUUUAUUAUCAAGACUUCUGAGGAUUUGUUAUGCUCACUGUGCGAAUAAUAUUUAUGAAAUUGGUUGUUUUACACUGACUCCUUAUUAUUGUUAUUAUUAUUAUUAUUAUUAUUAUUAUUAUUAUUAUUAUUAUUAUUAUUAUUAUUAUUAUAUUUUAAUUCUUGAGUUCUCUGUUUAACAGGUUAGCUGUUUCUUUUUGUGCAUGAACUGUGGCUUUACUGCCCUCUGAUACUUUUACUGAAAUAUGCAAUUCUUUGGGUUACUGUGCAAUAAUAACCUUUGUUGUUGCUUUUUGUUGAUGUUUUAGCCCUGGAUUUUAAAGUGCCAUGUCAUCUGUUUUCGCUUUAAAGCUGAAUUGUUAAAACAAAAACAAAUAUGAUGAAUAUGUCCAGUUAUAUGACAAUCAAGAACAAAUGGCCCACUCAUUUUUAAAGUAACAUGAAUCAGAGUUUUAUAAACAGUGUGGAUAAAAUGCAAAGUCACUACAUAAAGGAGUGCUGUAAUGAGAUACUUAUGAAGCAAUAUUAUAAACCAAAGUCCACAACUUGUAUGUUGUCAAAUCAGGUUUAAAUGAAUUACGUAUAGAGAUUUUUUGUGAACUUCCCAACAGAAGGUCAAAUUCAGUUUCUGUGUGGUUUGAGGAACUACAUCUCUCAUGUAUGUACAUAUUAAAAAGGGAGUGUGAACAUCAAUGCAAGCUGUUUUGUCGUUGUUCGACAAAGACCAUCUGUAUUUUUAUGCAUGUUUCUUUUCUUAAAAGUGUUUUUCGGGUUAAAAAAAAGAAUUACCUUUUCAAUAAAAAGGGAAAAACAGCA